AUGCGAAAACGACAGAAAUUCUGGUUCAUCGUAUUGGAAUUAGUCCUAACGAUUUUUGUGUCAAAAAUCACAAUUACAUUCGGUCAAACAACGUGUAACAAUGGCUUAGGACGGGUUCUAUAUGAGCGCCUACCUAAUCAACAACUUCAGGGAUUUGACGAUGAUGUGGUUCGAGACACGGCGCCUCCCUUUCGAGUUCUUGAGAAAUGCCAGGAUCUGUGUCUUCGAGAUCGCGCGGCAACCAAUAAUCUCGUGAGGGCCUGCACCAGCUUUGACUUUCAGCCCGGCAGUCGAAUUGCCUCGUUCGGUGGAAAUCCCGAAUACGAGGAAUCAACUUGCUACCUAACACGCGAACAAGCUGCACCCGAAGGAAUCGGAAAUCUAAUGCUCGUCCCGAAUAGUGUUCACUUUACCGAAGUGUGCCUUACUUCCAGUCGUCCUGAGAGAGAGUGUCCCAGCCGCCGCUAUGUCUUUGAGCGACACCCUAGGAAAAAGCUUAAACUGCCAGUGUCUGACAUCAAGGAGAUGACCGCGGCCAACAGAUCCGAUUGCGAGGACAAGUGCCUCAAUGAGUUCUCCUUCGUAUGUCGCUCAGCGAAUUUCGAUUCUGCAAUGCGAAGUUGCUCUCUCAGCCGCUUCACGAGACGAACUCAUCCUGAACUCAUGGAGGACGAUCCGAAUUCGGACUAUUUGGAGAACACUUGUCUCAACGCCGAGAGGCGCUGCGAUGGAUUGGCGAUCUUUGUGAAGGAGGAAAAUAAGAAACUGGGCGGACCUUUCGAAGUUGAUAUCUACAACAAUAUGACACUCGAGGAAUGCCAGAUGAUGUGCUUAAGAGCGGAAAAGUAUUUCUGCCGAUCGGUUGAGUUUGAUGAUCAAACGAAGCAAUGUAUCCUGUCGGAAGAGGAUUCCGUCUCCCAGAAAGACGACAUAAGCAUAAGUUCGAGUCCAACGCAUCAUUUCUACGACUUGGUCUGCUUGGACAACCAAAGAGGAUCUGAAUAUCCAGAUAACUCAGUGACGUCACAUCUGUUCUCUGGCGGAAGACGACCGGAUACAGCUUUUCAGAGAUACAGAAAUUCAAGGCUGGGCGGCGAGUUUCACUCUGAAAUAACCGGAAGGUCUCUCAGUGAAUGCUUGGAUGAGUGCUUACGUCAGACGAGCUUCCAAUGCAGAUCUGCAGUCUACAGCGAUAGAUUCCGAACUUGUCGUCUCAGUCGGUACAACCAGAAAGACGGUAUGCGCAUAAUCUACGACGCCGAUUACGAUUACUAUGAGAACCUAAUGCUCGGUGGGGAUGGUAUGGAUGAUCGCGAUCGUCCAGCUAUGAGACCAGAUAUGGCAAAUGAUUGGCGAAAUCCAUAUCCAGGUGACAAAGAUCGGUAUCCAGAUGACAGAUAUCCGAGCAAUAGACCCUACGAUCGAAACCCACAGUGGCGACCAGAAAUGGGCGACCGUUAUCCAUCAGAUCGAUAUCCUCCGAGUGGAUACCCCGAUGACGGACGCUAUCCACCGGGAGAUGAUCGAUAUCGUCCCGGCAUGGGCGAUAGGUACUAUCCUCCAUCAGGAAUGGGCGAUCGCUAUCCUCCGCCCAUGGGCGGCGAUCGCUAUCCUCCAUCCAUGGGUGGCGAUCGCUAUCCUCCGUCGGGUAUGGGCGAUCGAUACCCACCAUCCGGAAUGAGUGAUCGCUAUCCACCACUUAUGGAUCGCUAUCCUCCGGUGUACGAUAAUAGAUUGCCCGGCGAUAUGUAUCCCAAUGAUGGCCGAUACCCAAUGGACAAUCGAUAUCCUCCGCCACGCUAUCCGCCCGCAGACAAUCGCUAUCCUAUGAUGGACAAUAGGUAUCCGCCACCGCCGCCGAUGAAGGGACGGUACCCAGAAGCUCCUGAGUACUGGCCACCCAGAGGCCGCCCUGGAAUGCAGAGCGGUUACCCAAAUGGUCCCAGUGGCCCUAGUAUGUCGCAAUACCCAGACAAAAAUAUACCUCUUGCUGGCCGAUAUCCAGAAUCUGACAUGAGAUACCCUGGACAAUACCCAAGUGGCCCUAGUGGCUUUUCGGACUCUCGCUAUCCUGCGUCCGGAAGUAGAUACCCUCCCGUGUCAGACAAUCGCUUCCCAGUAGGUAAUGAUCGAUACCCCAUUUACAUAUACAAAUAUGGCAACAGAGAAAAAUUUCCAAGUGGCACAGGCUACGAUCGUUUCCCGGGAUACCCUGAUCACGAUCAAGGCUACGACCGUGGCUACCCGAGUGGGGGUGGAUACUACUACGGCUACAGAGACACUGGGUACGGCGGAUAUGACAGGGAUCGUGGCUAUAAUCGUCCUGUUCCUCUCAGUCCAGGAUAUCCACCGUACGAAGCUCCACUGCCCGUUAGGCCUCUAGGCGGAUCUGGCUAUGACAACAACAUCAACUCCCUGACUGGAGACGGUUUCGGGGGAUAUGGCCCAGUCAGGCCCUUUGGCUCUCGCUGCGAUGAGGAUAACUACAAACAGAUUGCUUCUCGACAUAGAAUGCGACGUCCUUACAUAAGGCGUGCUAUGUCCGUGCCGACGCUCACGCACUGCCAACGUGAAUGCACCGAUUCGCGAGACUUUUCCUGCCGAAGCUUCAACUACCGCGAGGGAGCCUAUUCUGUUGAUCAAGAUGCUCCCAAUUGCGAGCUCAGUGACCGCGAUACCAGAGAUAUGGACCUACAGGAUCCCAUGAUGUUCGACAUUGGCGCUUAUGAUUACUACGAAAGGAGUUCAGGUCGCAAUGGAGUUGACGGAGAUUGCUUGGAUGUUUCACAAACUUGCAACGAAGACGGGAUGGAAUUCACUCUAAGAACACCGGAAGGAUUCAUUGGCAGAAUUUACACUUAUGGAUUUUAUGAUCGCUGCUUCUUCCGCGGAAAUGGCGGGACAGUUAAUGUUCUGAGGAUUAGCGGACCGCAAGGAUAUCCUGAGUGUGGAUCUCAAAGAUACGGAGACACCAUGACCAAUAUAGUGGUUGUCCAAUUCUCGGACAAUGUUCAGACUGGCCGAGAUAAGAGAUUCAACUUGACUUGCCUAUUUCGAGGCCCAGGUGAAGCAGUCGUUACAUCCGGAUACAUAGGAGCAGGUUUCAAUGAUAUUGACAGGUCCGGGAGUCCCAUUCCGAUUGAAUAUUUACCAGCUGAGAAUACAAUGAACAACAAGAUUCGUCUCUUGAUCCUCUAUCAAGGACGACCAACGACGACAAUUGCAGUCGGCGAUCCCUUAACAUUCAGGCUCGAGUCACAGGAUGGAUACAAGCAAGCAGGAGACAUCUUUGCCACCAACGUCAUUGCUAGAGAUCCCUACUCAGGACGGAGUGUUCAACUGAUCGAUAGACACGGAUGCCCAGUGAAUCCCUAUGUCUUCCCAGAAUUGGAUAAACUUCGCGAUGGAGACACUUUGGAAGCCAGAUUCAAUGCGUUUAAGAUUCCUGAAUCAAACUUCCUAGUUUUUGAGGCCACAGUCAGAUCCUGUCGCGAUGGAUGCCAACCGGCAUACUGUCCUGGACCUUCUGGACGAUCUGAACCGUCGUUCGGGAGGAAGAAGAGGGAAAUCAACGGAACACUUAUCGCACAAUCCACCAUUCAAUUGAAUGACACAGAUUUCAAUGAAACUCAAGGAGACACUAUUGAAGUCCUAUCCACAUCGGACGACACCACAGUUUACAGCACGGAAGACGAAGAUACUGCCAGUGACUUUCCUGAGCAAGUCAGAGAAAUGAUUGAGGUUUUUGAGUCGAGGGAGGAAAUGGAGCACGAAUCGUUCGCCAGGAAGAUUGUCGCCCCACAAGAAACAAUUUGCAUCACACCAUCGGAAUAUCAUGGAUUGAUCAGUGCAGUUAUAUUGCUAAUGAUUCUGCUCCUCAGUAUUUCACUGAUAGCGGGACUGGCUUACAGAAGAUAUUGGCACGUUCUCACGAAGAAUCGACUGGCCGACAGAAGCUCACCGGUGACAUCCUUCAGUCCCUCGGCAAUCCAUCAGAACCUUAACAUAUCCAGCGCGAAUAGUCAAUUUGACGCAUCUGGACGCAACCAUUCUCACCGGUCAGGAAGCACAGGACGACCCGGACUUUCGCUAUUCAGUGGAAGUCUGCAGAAGACCUUCGCCACGGGAAACUUAUCGCGAAUGUGUCAGAUUCCGGUGAUGAAUCCAAUACGGAAUAAUGGUGGGAAUCCAUUAGAAUUUGAAGAUCCCAGCGAACCAAUUUACACAGAUCCAUCGCUCUUCGAACGGUCAAGAUCACUACGAAGUAUUGCUGUGCGUCAAAGUAAUGAAACAUGAACUUUUUCUACUUAAUAUUAAUGCAAACAUCUCCAAUUUCUAUUCUUCUAUAAUUGUACCGAAAUUAAAAUUAACUAAUGUUAAACACAAAAGAUGGCACCUAAAAUAAAGAUGAAAUGGCAUUUUAAACACCUCCGAGCUCGAAGCUAAUUUCUCUGUGAUUUCUUGUGAGAAUUCAACUGGUGUUUAUGAAAUCCGCACUUCGUAAAUUUAUGACCGACUUCUUGAUCAUCAAUCAAUAUUUAUUUGAUUUUGCAUUACUUUUCUAUUAUAUGUAUUUUGUAAUGUAUUUUACUGCUGUACUUUCUAAAAAGAAUAAUUUGUAGAUCUAACAAUAGUUUAACAAUAAAAAUU